AUGUUGGCGGCGACGGCGAUUUACAGUAAAAACCCGGAUUUUCAGCGGCGGUGCAUCGGUGAAGAAGACAUCUCGACAACUAAAGAUUCAUUGAAAAUGGACAUCACACUUCCUAAGCUCAAAUACGAGAUGGGGAAGGAACCUGUGAAUGGAUUCAAGGCGAUAGACAAGUACUCGGACUUCAAGUACAUCGCCAAGGUGAAUGAGAUACUCGGGCCUGAGCAGUUUAAGAGAAUCGAGGACUCUUUCUUAGGUCCGGAUGGACAUUCACCUGAUGACCUGAUAGAACUCAUGGUCGAAGCUGGAGAGGAUGCUCAUGAUGAGAGGUUUUCUUUGGUUAUGGUGCUGCUCAUAGAGACAAUUUUUCUUCAUAGGUAUUCGAAGGCUAUGUUCCCAACAUCUAAUCUACAAAAAGCGCAACACAUGGAUGUAUUGCUGAAUUAUCACUGGGGGAUAGAUGCUUACAAAAUGCUGCUAAAAACAGUGAAGAAGACUGUGGAGAAGAGUCUAGAAAAGUCCAAGUACCCUUUGGAUGGGUUCCCUUUUGCGCUUCACCUAUGGAUUUGGAAUCCGUACCCAAGCUUCAGUCGGCUUUCUCUACCAUUGACAACACAGUCCCGCCCACAGCUUUUUUGUACAACAUCUCCUCCCAUCAAAUCUGUUCUGAGCAUAGAAGGAGAAAGCGAUAUGAAUGCCGUACACAUCGUUCCAAAAAUACAUGGUGACCUCGAAGACACCGUGUUUUUGCAAGACAAAGAUGAUGAAGAUCUGCAUUCGCUUGUGGAUCUGAUAGAGAAAUGUUUCAAGCUGACACAUGAUGACUGGAAAAAAAAGAAAGUGAAGAGAGACGAUGCAUUGCAAUACAUUUCAUCGCAGUCAUAUCGCUAUCCCCAUUCAGAAAGAGCGAGACAUAACUCCCGACCACCUUCUUCAGACGAGUCAGUAAAGGCGAAGAUUAACAAGCUCAUAGAGUUGUUCGUAGAUGGACAGACACAUAUCCGUUCUCGGUUAUCAAAAAUUGAACAAAAGCUGGGAAUACAUGAUCUUUCCGAUUCUAUUGAUGAAGCUGUUAUUGGUUUUUCGUUGAAGGAGCUUACUCCUGUGGACGUAUCAACAGGUUUAAACGCCACUGGUUCGCGACGGAAUGAAUCGCUAAAUCAGAUGAACCAAAAUGUGGCAGAAGGGAGAGGCAAAUCACAGCAGCUGCCCCAGACACAGAUGGGGAAGGAAAAGGUGUCCAUACCACUGGAUCGAGAGAGACGCAAAUCACAGCUGGGAAAGAAUAAGGUACAUACCCCGCCUGUGGCAACUUCCAGUGAAGCAGUUACAGGCACCGGACCAAACAAAAUGGACAAAACUGAUAGAUUCGAAACAAAAUCAUAUUUUAGGAAGGGUUUCCUUAACCUCUUGUUAGGCGUUCCUAACACAAAUAUAGUUUGCGGACUUGUCGCUGGUAAAGCUGCUCCUGCAAAUGGGAUUACAUGCACGAGUCCUAAACCUUACUUGACGGAAGGUGCUCUAGUCGAGGUAUCGGGUGAAGAUAACAAGUGGUUUCCUGCUUCGUUGGUAAAUAGACAGCCAUGUCUAGGUCCUAUCCGCAACUAUUAUUUGAAGUUCUUGAGCCUUGGUAAGUAUGAGAAUGUCCAAGAGAUGCGGAUCCGUCCUACACCACCUCCUCUUCCUGAAGCAGAUUGUUCCACCGAUGUUUUGGCACUCACGCAAGACGUUGAUGCCUACCACGAUGACCACUGGUGCAGAGGGUAUGUUCAAGCGCUUCUUGAUGGUUCAGAAGUUUGUAUAUGCCUUCAUCAUGUCGAGAAAAACGUUAAGUUCCAAAUUAGUGACGUAAGGAUUCAUAGAGAAUGGGUGGACGAGGCGUGGGAUCCUCCUGUGGAUGUGGAUAUACAGAAAAACACAGAGACGUCUGCUUUUCCCACCAGAGUUGAAAACAUUUCAGAGGAAAUCCGUGAUCAAGCAAACGUAAAUGAUCAGGAACUUAAGGAGGAUUCUCCAGACGAGAUAAUCCGAAGUGUCAUAAGUGCUUACACCGUAUCAGAAAACGAUGAUGGAAACGAUGGAACGAAUGAAAAAGAGACCCAAACAAAAGAACUAAAAACUGAAAGUUUUCCUAAACUUUUGCUAAAUGCUCCUGGCUAUUUGUAUGAUGCAAAGCAGAAAAAAACAGAGAAGAAGCCCCAUGAUGAAGAUGCUCUUCCGGCUAAUAAGAAAAAGAAGAAGAAGGGUGAGGAGAAGUCAGAAAAGUCUAAGGGGAAGAGCGCACAGGAGGCUGAACAAUGUACAGCUACAGUGAAUCCAUUUCAAUCACCGAAAGCGGAUCAGUUGACAGCCUAUAAAGAGUGGUUGGAGAAGGGAGAGACAGCAAGAAUUGGUGAUAUGGAUGCUACUGCAAUCUUGUUCCAGAAUAUGGAGAAUCCCGAAGCUCGUUUUCAUGAUACGGAAAUAGAUGCAGUGUUGAUGAUGUUGCAAAAGAAAAGAGAGGAAGAUGGCGCAUAUUUCAAUAACGAUAAAUUCCCUAGAGCUGCAUUCUGUAAAACAGACUUCUUUUAUGAGCUGUUACAAUGCCACGAAAAAUUCGAGAGGUAUCGAACAAAAUUACCAUUCCCUGAUAGUGUUACAAACAUUGUAAAGGGGACAGUUUUCCCGCACAAGAAGUGGAAGAAAGAUGUAGAUGUCGUCUAUGGAGUCAUUAAAUCCAUGGUUCCCCACUGGGUUGGAUGGAGAGUUUCUCGUGCAAAUAGUCAAUGGGAGAAGAAAGGAGUAGUCUUGGAUAUUGUUAGGAGGAUAGCAGAUAUGAUACCUACCCUCCUUGGCAUUGCUGAGAACAAAAAGCCAAAGAGACAUCUGGAACCAUUCAAAGUCGUCCAUCACACUGAAGAAGAGUUUUCCUUGUCCAAAAGAGGUUUCCGGGUGAUUGAAUCUCCCGUGUAUGUCGUCAAGAUGAUCGAAUGUCGAUCAUUGGGGGGCCAUGACUUCUCAAAGGUUGCUCAUCUGAGUGUUGUGGACAUGAAGACCAAAUAUGUAUGCGACAUCUUUGAGCAGUUUGUGAACAACAAGUAG